AUGGCCGACGAUACUACAGAAUUUACAGAGUCGAACAUUUGGGAAUCCCCCUCACAGGAAGAUGGCCCACCGACAUCUCGUCCAAGAACUCCUAGAACCCCCAAGACCCCUAAGACACCGACACAAGAGCGCCCAGAGCCCAUAGAUCAUGAAGCGGCACUGCGCAAGGAACUUGAAGGUGUUCGGAGUAUAAAUGAAUCCAUUGAAGGCGUCAUCUCAUCCCUGGAGCGCGCAGGUGGUAACAUGAACACCGUUUUGAGCACUGUUAACAACGCCUCUGUUCUCCUCAAUACUUGGACCCGGAUAUUAUCCCAGACCGAGCAUAAUCAGCGAUUGAUCUUAGACCCAGAAUGGAAAGGUGCAACGGAAGACAUGGCCGAGCAAGAAGCGGAAGCUAUUCAAAGACAGCAGGCCGCUGAACGAAAAGCCGCGGAAGAAGAAGAAAGACGUGAGCAAUUGCGACAGCGUCGUGAAGAAGAAGAGGAGAGACGAAGACUGGCAGCAGCUGCGCCCGCCCGAGGAACACGAGGAACUCGAACAACCCGGGGAGUUAGAGGCGCAACCCGGGCGCGAGGGACUGCAAGAGCUGGGAGCUCAACUGCCACAUCUACAAGCAGAACGACGGGCAUACCAAGUCGCGGAACCUCUAACAUCGGCCGAGGGUUUGGUGCGCGUCGAGCUCGAGGGGCAUAA